AUGAGUCAAUUGGCAUCCUCCGUGAGUCGGUUAGAAUCCCAAGGUAAGUUACCUUCACAAACCAUUGUUAAUCCAAAGCAAAAUGUUAAUGCAAUCACAUUGAGAAGUGGAAAGGAGUUGAAGGAACCUAGUUCAUUGGCACAUGGGAGAGCCUUAGAGGAAGAAACUAAAAAGGAAUUCGCUAAAUCCAAGAAAGAAGCAGAAGAGAAAGAAAUUCUUAAGACAUUUCACAAGAUUGAGGUAAAUAUUCCUUUACUUGAUGCAAUUAAACAAGUACCUCGAUAUGCUAAAGUUCUUAAGGAAUUGUGCACCAACAAGAGAAAGCUCAAGGAAACAGGAGUGAUUCUUCAACUUGCGGAUAGAUCUAAUGUAUAUCUUGAGGGAGUUUUAGAGGAUAUUUUGGUGCAAGUUAAUGAAUUGGUUUUUCCUACAGAUUUUUACGUGCUUGAUAUGCAAGAAAAUGAUUCUUCUAAAUCAACAUCAAUUUUGUUAGGAAGACCAUUUUUGAAAACAGCUAGGACAAAAAUUGAUGUAGAUGAUGGUACACUUACCAUGGAAUUUGAUGGUGAAAUUAUUAAAUUCAAUAUUUAUGAUGCCAUGAGAUGUCCUAGUGAUGUGUCAUCUAUUUUUGUCAUGGAUUUUAUUGACCCUUUAGCACAGGAAACUUUUGACCAAAAUGAAGAUGACGAGUUGAAAGAUACACUCAACAUGAAUUUUACUUCUGAAGGAUUUAGGGAAUCAUGA